AUGUAUAAAUCAAUUUCUCAGCCAGCAGAGGAUCUUAUCCGAGAAAUUUCUCGUCUCGAAUUAGAAAUAUUGUACCUCGAAAAAUAUCUCCUCUCAUUGUACCGAAAAAAUUUCGCCAAAAGGCUCUCGUUUGCUCUAUCCAGUCGAGCAGAGGAGCGAAAACCGGAAGCUAGCUUAGAAUCAUCAGCCAACGAAGAAUAUUCUGGAAUAUUCCGAACCCACUCGUCGUUAUCUCACGUCUCGGCUUGUUCCUUUAGGGCUUCUUCACCAACUUACGAGGCCUUGGACACUUAUCAUUCGUUGCCUUUAUCCAUGCUCGAGAGGACUAAUGAUGGGACUACAAACGAAAAUCCGACGGUGUACAAUGUUCAUGAGGCGCCUAAUUGGGUAUCUGAAGAGAUGAUCAAAUGCAUCUCGACCGUUUAUUUUCACCUCUCUGAUAAUAAUUUGCCAUUCGACUCGUGGAUCGACAAAGAACCUUCCGGAACUUUCGCCGCGACUUUCGAGAUACAUGACCUUGUAAGAGACUCAGAGAAGAUAAAUUCUGUUCAGGACAUGUUACAUAGUUACAGGUCUCUGAUUUCUAAAUUGGCCCAAGUUAAUCCUGGGAAGUUAAGGCAUGAUGAGAGAUUAGCAUUCUGGAUUAAUGUCCACAAUUCAUUAGUUAUGCAUGCAUAUCUGGUGUAUGGGAUUCCCAAAGGAAGUCUCAAGAGGGUGUCUUUAGUUCUCAAGGCUGCAUACAAUAUUGGAGGCCAUACCAUAAGUGUGGACACAAUACAAAGUUCUAUCUUAGGUUGCCGUUUGCCUCGUCCGAACCCGUGGCUGCAUUCCUUGUUCUUCCCCAAGAAAAGAUUUAAAGCUGGGGACCCUAUGAAUGCAUUUGCAGUUAAGUCCCUUGAGCCUCGGCUGCAUUUCGCGCUUUGCUCCGGAUGCAAAACCGACCCAACCGUUCGAAUGUACACUUCGAAGAAAGUAUUCCAAGAGCUAGAGAUGUCUAAAGAAGAUUACAUUCGGAUGAAUGUGAAGUUUCAUAAAGACCAUAGUUUGUUGGUGCCGAAAAAAGUCGAGAAUUUUGUGAAGGAGAUUGGUGGCUUAGCUCAAUCGGGCAUAGCACAAACGGUCAAGCAUUUGUUGUCCGACUCGAUGGGCGUUAAGAAUGCUGCAUACAAUAUUGGAGGCCAUACCAUAAGUGUGGACACAAUACAAAGUUCUAUCUUAGGUUGCCGUUUGCCUCGUCCGAACCCGUGGCUGCAUUCCUUGUUCUUCCCCAAGAAAAGAUUUAAAGCUGGGGACCCUAUGAAUGCAUUUGCAGUUAAGUCCCUUGAGCCUCGGCUGCAUUUCGCGCUUUGCUCCGGAUGCAAAACCGACCCAACCGUUCGAAUGUACACUUCGAAGAAAGUAUUCCAAGAGCUAGAGAUGUCUAAAGAAGAUUACAUUCGGAUGAAUGUGAAGCUUCAUAAAGACCAUAGUUUGUUGGUGCCGAAAAAAGUCGAGAAUUUUGUGAAGGAGAUUGGUGGCUUAGCUCAAUCGGGCAUAGCACAAACGGUCGAGCAUUUGCUGUCCGACUCGAUGGGCAUUAAGAAUUUUCGACUUGUAAAGUUGUGGAAGAAAGUCGAUUGGAUUCCGUACGAUUUCGCUUUCGGUUUUGUACUAUCAAAAGAACUUGUUAGGUGA